GCUGGCGUGCCCGCCCUCGCUCCCCAGGGCGCGGUCCCAGAGCCAUCUUUCUCGUCCCUGGACUCCGGAUUGUUGCUUCCACUUCUCCCAGGUCUGCAUCUCUGGUGUUCCCAGCGCCCUGAAAGAUCUGCAAAGGAGAAAAACCUGCCCAGAAUCCCAACAGGACAGGAAAAGCAGGGAAUUCUCCACAUGGAAGAAAUGCACAGUGAAAAUGAAGGAAAACCCUCUAACCAAGGACCCUUGGAAAACGAAGAACGGUCCCAGGAGGAGGAAAAGGAGGAGGGAAAGGAGGAGGGGAAACCAGAAGCAUCUGGUUCUCUGGAAGACAAGGAAGUGUUAGGAAAGGAGGGAAAGGCUGAAGAUGAGAAAAUGCUAAGGGAUCAGGCAGAGCUAGAGCUUGAGAGAAAGGCAAAAGAGGAGGGGAUGCCAGAGAAAGAGGGAAAGCUAGAAAGUGAAGCACGGGCUGCUGAAAAGCGCCCAGCUGAGGAUGACAUACCCCGGAAAGCCAAAAGAAAAACCAACAAGGGGCUGGCUCACUGCCUCAAGGAAUAUAAAGAGGCCAUACAUGAUAUGAAUUUCAGCAAUGACGAUAUGAUUAGAGAAUUUGACAAUUUGGCUAGGGUGAAGGAGUACAGGAGGAAAAUGAAACAGAAAAUGGGACGGAUUUUUUGGAUGCAAAGAAGUUUAGAGGAUCCCUUCUAUCCCAGGGGUCCAAGGGAAUUCCGGGGUGGCUGCAGGGCCCCACGAAAGGACACGGAAGACAUUCCUUAUGUGUAGUGCCCCCUGGCAGGCAUUUGUUGGGCAGAGUGCUCUAACCUUACACUAAUACUGUGCUUUGGACAUCCUUCCUGUUGCCAGCAGCAUUUUUGUCCCACCUGCAAUGUUCUAAGUUUCUGUAGCAGAUUUUAAUUAGUUGCAUAUAAAAAUGUUUAUAGUGUAUAGUAAAAUUAAAAAAGCACCUUGCAAAUGAUGUUUAUGGCAUUAGUCCACUUCUGUAAAACUGCAAAACAUUUGUCUAGUAAUCUGUGUCAAGAAAACAACUCUGAAUUUUGGCAUCAAUAGAUUACCAGUGGUUAUCUGUGAGUGAUUUUUUGUUUGUCUGUUGUCUGCUAAAAUGAUUAUUUUGUUAUAAAUAAAAUAUAGAAAGUAGGAAGUAAUGCAUAAUUCAUUGAAAACUGUGCACUAAACUUUUAAAGGUAGUGGAUUCAAUUAAAAUUUUUGUUCAUGGAUGUACAGUUGGAGAUAAAUUUACUUUACCUCUGGGACCCUAUGCUGAAUUAACCUAACAGUUACUCAUCAUCUACUGCUACAUGCUCAAUAAAAAAGUGAAAACUCCCAUAAUGAAACUCAUUACUUUGUAUGCUAAUUUUAAAAACUAAUAAAAAGUCAGUAUAUUA